ACUGCCUCAGACGGCCACCAAGCAGCUGAGGAGAGAGCAGCCAGACGGACCCAUCAUGUCCGACAAACCGGAUUUCGCCGAAAUCGAAACGUUCGACAAGACCAAGCUGAAGAAGACAGAAACCAGAGAGAAAAAUCCCUUGCCCACUAAAGAAACUAUUGAACAGGAAAAGCAAAGUGAAAGCACAGCCUGAACAUACAGCUGAAGAUGUGACUGCUGCUUCUUCAAGGGGCUUUUGGCUUCCAAGUUGGGAUGUUUGGCUUUGCUUUGUUUUGUUUCCCCCCACCCCGUGUUUGUUGCCCAUUUAUUUUAGCAAACAUUUGCUUAUUUAAUGUUCCCUGGGGAAGAAGUUUGGUUUGUGUUUGCUGAACGAGAUCCUAGGUGUGUGUGUUUUUAAAACUGUAGCUCCAAGUUCUGUGUCAGCCUCAUUACUUGCCAAAA